UGCUGAUAAAGUUGAUUGAAAGCGGGCCAUUAUGGCGGCGUCCGGAGCCGCUGUCGGAGGCGUCGGCCGUAGCGGCGGUGGGCUGGGUUUCUUGUCGUUGGCGCUCGGGGUGUCCCUGCUCAAAUGCCUCCUCAUACCCGCCUAUUAUUCUACAGAUUUUGAAGUACACAGGAACUGGCUUGCUAUCACCCACAGUUUACCAGUAUCACAAUGGUAUUAUGAGGCAACUUCAGAGUGGACUUUGGAUUACCCUCCAUUUUUUGCAUGGUUUGAAUAUGCAUUGUCACACAUUGCCAAAGUUUUUGAUCCAGAGAUGCUGAAUAUACAAAACUUGAAUUAUGCCAGUCCUAGAACUGUACUUUUCCAGAGAUUUUCUGUCAUCUUUACAGAUGUCCUUUUUAUAUAUGCAGUCUAUGAGUGCUGCAAAUGCAUAGAGGAGAAAAAAGCUGGAAAAGAACUUACAGAGAAGCCAACAUUUAUUCUUUCUGUUUUACUUCUAUGGAAUUUUGGAUUGCUAAUUGUGGACCAUAUUCACUUUCAAUACAAUGGUUUUUUAUUUGGAUUAAUGCUGCUUUCAAUUGCUCGAUUAUUUCAGAAAAGGCAUUUGGAAGGAGCAUUUCUCUUUGCCAUUCUCCUGCAUUUUAAGCACAUCUACCUUUAUGUGGCCCCAGCUUAUGGAAUCUAUUUGCUGAGAUCUUACUGUUUCACUACAGAUAAACCAGAUGGCUCUGUCAGAUGGAGCAGUUUCAGUUUUCACCGACUAAUUGCCCUGGGUUUCAUAGUUUGCUUUGUUUCUGCCCUUUCUUUGGGUCCUUUUAUAGCCUUGAACCAGCUGCCUCAAAUAGUUUUGAGGCUUUUCCCUUUCAAGAGGGGCCUCUGCCAUGCCUAUUGGGCUCCAAACUUCUGGGCUUUGUACAAUGCUUUGGACAAGAUGCUCUCCAUUAUUGGUUUGAAGUUUAAUCUUCUUGAUCCCAAGAAGAUUCCCAAGGCCUCAAUGACAAGUGGUUUGGUUCAGCAAUUCCAACACACAGUCCUCCCCUCUGUGACUCCAUUAGCAACUCUCCUUUGCACUGUGAUAGCCAUGUUGCCCUCUGUUUUCUGUCUUUGGUUUAAACCCCAAGGGCCCAGAGGUUUUCUUCGGUGUCUAAUUGUUUGUGCGCUAAGUUCCUUCAUGUUUGGGUGGCAUGUUCAUGAAAAAGCAAUACUCCUAGCAAUUCUCCCAAUGAGUCUUUUGUCUGUGGGAAAGCCACAAGAUGCUGGGAUUUAUCUGCUUCUGACCACAACCGGCCAUUAUUCCCUCUUCCCAUUGCUCUUCACAGCCCCAGAAUUGCCAAUUAAAGUGUUACUCAUGCUACUAUUUACUGUUUAUAGUUUUUCAUCACUGAAAACUUUGUUCAGAAAAGAAAAACUUCUUAAUUGGAUAGAAACCAUCUACCUCCUUGGCUUGGGGCCUCUGGAAAUCUGCUGUGAACUUGUAUUUCCUUUCACCCCCUGGAAGCUAAAGUACCCCUUCGUUCCUUUGUUCCUGACUUCAGUAUAUUGUGCAGCAGGCAUCACAUAUGCUUGGUUCAGACUGUCUAUUUCAAUGUUGCCUGGCCCUGCUGUCGGCAAGGCGAAGCUACAAUGAAUAAAGGGACUGCUUGGAUGACUUCCAGGCAAUUACCUCAUGGAAAAUUAACCAGCAUUUGAAAAAGGUUGCUGGUGGCAGAAGCCAUUCGUUUCAGUGGGUCCUGCUUUGAACAUGUCUGCACCAUUCUUCCAAACUACCCACUGAUGUUUUUCAUUCAGAGAGGCUCUAUUUUCUUUCCUUUUUUUUUUUUAAAUUUAAAAAUACUGGUGUUGCCCACCACAGCAACCUGAUUAUCACCAUGGUGAGAAGUCACUUGCCCUUCUAAAGCUAUGAAACAGAAACCCUGCCUCCCUUAAAAUUGUCUGUUGGAGAGAUGCAGAUUGCUGUGCUGAAUAUAAAUCUUGCUCAAGAUAAAUAAUAGGUUCAAAUCCAAGCAGCUUAGUUAUUUAUAGCCCGCAAAAUAAUUACUGUCAGGAUAGAAAAUAUAAUUACAACCACACACUAGGGGCAGAGCUAAAUAAAAUACUACUUUAUAUUUCUAUGUUAAAAUUUUUGGCUCAUUGACAGUUAGGUUUCCCAUUGGGACAUAUAUAAGCAGAUGGUGGUCUAGUCACAGACCCCUCAUUCUAGGAGUCCUUUAAAUGAAACAAUAGCAUGAUACAAAUGAAGGAGGGAUAUGGUGGAAGGAGGAGGGCUUUCUUAAAUAAACUGGUUAGCUAGGAAAAGAAUGGCAAGAAAUAAAUCAGGUUAAGUUUGGCUUUCCGUUUGUGUAAAAUCAAGAAUACAGUUUGCUAUUGGGUCAUGCUGCCAGUAGAGGGAGCACACUGUGGAAACAGUUAUUUUCUCAAACGUUUACAUAGCACAGCCCAUCAAAGAUGGUCAUUGAAUCAUAGAAUGAUAGAGCUAGAAGGAACUUGAGGACACAGUGUUAGGGCUGAAAGGUAUCUAUUUAAAUUCUUCAUUUUAUAGAAGAGAAAUCUGGAGAAGUUAAAUGGCUUAUCCAAUGUAACACAGCUCUUCAUUGACAAAGGGGGACACUAAAAACAGUCUGAUCAAAUCAACUGUGAAACAACUAAAGUUAUGACAUAGGAUAAUGAGGGGAGGAUGUCACAUCAUUAUUUCCUUUAAGCAUUUGAAAGACCAGAAUAUGUAAGAGGGGUUCUCCUUGUCCCCAAGGGUAAAGGUAGGAGCAGCGAUUAGAAAGUGUAAAGAGGCAGAUUAGACUUGAUGGGAACACUAACAAAGUUAUUCCAAAAUGAUUGCCUUGAGAUUUUGUAUGUCCCCACUAUGAAACUUGGAAAUGAUUGUACAUGUAUAACUUAUAUCAAAUUGUUUGUUGUCUUGGGGAGGGGGAAGUAAGAGAGGGAGAGAGAAAAAAUUUGGAACUCAAAAUCUUACAAAAGUAAAUGUUGAAAUUUGGAAAACCAUGUCAGGGAAGUAAUAUGUAUUUCUGUCCUAGAUGGUCUCUUCCUCAAAUUCUGUGAUAUUGUCUUAUCGUCUUUUCUACCUUCAGAUUUUUUUUUCUUGAAGCUUUUGAAUAUCUCUGAAUUUUUUCUUUCAGUCCAGAUCUGUAAUUUCAUUCAUAUGGGACCCUUCUGAUAUAAAAACAAUACAUAUACCCCAAAAUCCUUGAAGAAUGCCUGGAACUGUGAAAGAUUUUCUAGUUUGCCUUUGGUCACAUAACUAAUAUUUCAGUCCUUGAAUCCAGGUCUGUUUAACUUCCUGGCACUCCCAUCCACCACAUUUCCUAUCAUAUACCUUUGAAAGAGCAUAGCCAAACUUUGCUUUAUCUCACAUUACACAAAGAGGUCACAGAUUUCCAAGGACCCAAACCUAUUAAAAUAUCCCAAAUUACUUUUCUUGCUUAUCAGCUAUUAAUGACAUAAGGGCAUUUUGCCAAUUGGAGAAAUUUGAACUUCAGUUUGAAGAGAAUCAACCAGAAUAUAUGGUUGUUCCUUAAAUGUGAACCAGUGUGAACACUGUCAGGCAAGAGACUUUUGCCUAUUUUAAUUGGUCACAUUUUGCCUGUAAAUGUCCAGAUGUCAAAACCUAACUGAAAAAGAUGAUUGUGUCAUAAACUGCAUCUGGAUUCUCUUUCUGACAAGACCAAAUUAUAAUUAUGUUUUAUAACUUAUAUUUGAGAAAAGUAACAUAAUAUUGAUGAAUGCCUCAUCAUUCAGUCAUUGCUGAAAAGAACAGAUGGCUUUCAGCCUUCUUUCCUUUCUCCUUCCCCUCCCCCCAGAAAAAAUAGUGAAAAUGGUUAAACUAAGAUGCUCAUCUUCAAUUUAGUUCAAUUUGAACUUUAUAGAGUUGGGAAAAUCUAGAACAAGAAAUCAUUCCCACUUAGUGAAGCUGGGCCAUUACAUGUAAAAUUUCUUCUUUAAAGAACAAAAAAGUAUGGAGGUUUGACAUCAAACAGCAGCUUUUGUUGCUAAUUAUGCUGGAGAUGACCCCAGUGUCUGCUGAAAUCCUGGCACUUAAGGCUCAUUUCUGCCCAACAAAGGCAGACUAGACAUGGUGAUAUUAAGUCAUUUGGGUCUUGUCCAACUCUUUGUGACCCUAUUUGGGGUUUUCUUGGCUAAGCUAUUGGAGGGAUUUGCCAUUUCCUUCUCUGGCCCAUUUCACAAAUGAGGAAACUGAGGCAAACAGGGUGAAGUAACUUGCCCAAAAUCAUACAGCUAGCAAGUGUCUGAAGUCAGAUUUGAACUUAGAAAGCUGAGUCUUCCUGAUUCAACCUGGCACUCUUCAUCUGCUGUCUAGCUGCCCCCAGGCUUGGUAGUUACCCUUAAAUUGAAAUACAGAAGAUAAAUAGACCAAUGGUUCUCAAACUUGUUUUCAGCAUUUUUUUACUAUUAAAUUUUAUAGGAGGAUCUGUCCAAAGAGUUUAGUUUACAUGGGUUAUAUUAAUAGAUAUUUAUCUUAUUAGAAGCAAAAACUAACUGAAAGGGUUUCAGAGACUUCAAAAUCCUCUGAACCACUUUGAGAACCACUGAUACAGACAACUUGGAUAAUUCUAUCUGUCUUGUAUGCAUAAAAUUGAUUUGUAGAUAAUUUAGCUAGAGAUACUUAAUUCUUCUGGACAAGCUGAUAUAAAAGAUAACAGUAUGUUUCCAGCUUCUUUGUAUUUAUGGUGACAUAUUUAAUGCAAUUUUCUCUGAUAGUCAUUCCUGGAUAAGAGAGAUGUCUCACAUUGCUUUUAAAUCCUGAAUUUAAAUAUCCCCUAGAAGUUAAAAUUUCUCUGGUUCUGACACAUACAAACAUGAUCCUUUAUACUAACUUUUUUUUUUUUUUGGUCUGUCUAUGUAAUUUUCAUCAUUUUUACAAUGGUGUAUAUUCCUGCUUAUUUAUACAGUCAUAGUUAAUAGAUGUAGAGAAUUUUUUUAAAUAUGGCUGGUGAUAACUUGGAUUUUUUCCUUUGAAAACUCAUAUCUUUUGAUAAUUUAUUAGUCGACAAAUUGCUAUUUGCAAUAAAUUUGAAUCUCUACCUUGUUAAUUGUGUUUCAGUCAUGUCUGAAUCUUUGUGAUCCCAUUUGGUGUUUUCCUGGCCAAGAUACUAAAGUGGUUUGCCAUUUCCUUUUCAGGCUCAUUUUACAAAUGAGGAAACUGAGGCAAACAGGAUUAAGUGACUUGCCCAGAAUGACACAUCUAAUAACUAAGGCCACAUUUAAACUCAGAAAGAUGAAUCUUUUUCCCAGAUUUUUCCCAGUACUUAUUUCCUUUCUAAUUGUCCCUAUUUUAUUUGUGCAAAAAUUUAAACUUUGUUAUUAAAAUUGUCUUUUAUCAUUAUUGAUGUUAUAAGGAUCAGGUGAGAUAUUUGUAAAGCACUUAGAACAGUACUUACCACAUAGUAGGUAAUUAAUAAAUUAUUCUUCCUUUCCUCUCUCCACUA